AUGUGUGAAUUGGCAGAAGGCCUCAACCAUAGGGCACUGAAAGAACUUGCAGAUGCGGCAAUCAAGUUGAGGUUCAACUGCCUGUGCCUGUUUCUUACUUAUGCAACCCAUAUGUUCACUCGCUAUGCUAAUAGGAUGAUAGAAGAGAAUUUUGAUCUUCUUGAUUUAAAACAAGCUAAAGUUGGAUUGGUCCAGUAUAAUCCUUUUGUGUUAAAUAAGACUAUUGUUGAAGCAUAUGAAGCUAUUGUUGAUGUGCUUGGGGCGAGUGGUUUAAUGGUGAUUGCAAUGAGUCUACGAAAUGAGAUACGAGGAUUGAUGGAAAAUGAAAAUGAUUGGAACAAUUAUGUAACUCAAGGAGUUACAGCAAUCCAUAACAUAAAUCCUGAAGUUUUAGUGAUUGUUUCUAGCCUAAAUUAUGACAACGAUCUCCGAUGUGUUAAGGAGAAGCCAUUGAAUGCAGGCACUUUAGACAACAAGUUGGUUUUCGAAGUCCACUUAUAUUCCUUCAGUGGAGAUUCUGAGAGCAAAUUUGUACGACAACUAUUGAACAAUAUAUGUGCAAAUAUCAUCAACGGCUUUGUAGACCAUGCCGAGUUUGUAACUGGAGGACCCAAUCCAUUUCCUUUGUUUGUUAGCGAAUAUGGGUAUGAUCAAAGGGAGGUUAAUGAUGCUGAAAAUCGAUUCAUGAGUUGCUUUACGGCUUAUCUUGCUCAAAAAAUUUAG